AGGUACAGAGAGACCUGUAAUUCUAAUCCCCUACCAAAGAGUUUGAUGGAUGCUCCUGUGGCCAGGGUGAGAAAAUCGAUUAGCGCUUCUAAUAUGCAAUAACCAUAACAUUUAUCAUUUAAUUAGGCAUGUUAAUUACUUGAUAAAAACUCAAUAGUUACUUACAUACAUCUCUUAUAUACGUAUUUGUAUGUAGUCAACAGGGUGCAGAAGAGUGGGAUAGCUGGAAUGAUGAAAACAGCCUUGGACCCAACUGUUCCUCUCUAAUAAUUAGUUACCUAAUUUAGAAACCAUAACAUGUUUCCUGUGAGUCCUCUGAGAGAACAAAAUUCUCUCUCGACCUCCUUAAAAUCUGUGACACAAAAUUCAAAGGAAAAGACUACUUCACAAUUUAAAUGGAUUGAUAUUGUGAUACUAUCGUAUAUAUAUAUUCAAUUACCAAGUUAGUGUCUAUUGCUAUGAAUAGAAGCCAAAAUGUAUUAGAUAAUCUAGCUUAUCGAAAUAAGAAGAUAUCAACAGGGCGCUUAGGAGGUAGGUAAGAAAAAUAUAAAAAGUCACUUUCAAGUAUUGUUACACUUUGUCCUUUGGCUUACUCUCUCUCUCUUUGCCUUUUGCCAUUUGUGGUAACUUUGUUUUCCUUAUAACAUAUUUUCAUGAAAUUUCCAUUUUGGAUUCAUUAUACGUGUUGCGUCAUGCAUGGCAGAUCAAAUAAUAUAGUGGUCCAAAUUUAAUUAUAAAGGGAUUUCUCUGCUAAAGAAAUUACCAAAAGUGUCAUUACAUGUCUAAUUACAAUUUAAUACUUAACUUGUUUAAUUUUUUAUAGCUUAACUUAUUUUCUAUAUUACUUGCUAGUUAAGUGCUGGGUAUAUAGCUUGGUUAAUUCACUUUGCUGUACAUAUAUAAAGUUUAUGUUUAGGAUAUAUAUUUUUUUGGAACAAAGGUUUUCAUUCAUGUUUACGAUAUUAGCGCGCACACAUUAGUUUGAAGGUACAAAUUAAGAUAUAUCACGAGACGAGCAUAAUGCUGAGCAUAAAUGGUUACUGCAUAACGCAACAACACUAAUUGGCCCUAAGAAAUUGUUGAUGUUGAAAUACGUAAGCUUUAUAUAUAAACAUUAAUUGCACUCUCAAAUUAGAAAAACUUAUGUACUAAGAAUGGAGAAAAGAGAGAGAAAUGAAAUUAGAAAAUGGUGAGCUGAAACCAUACGCUACACACAGAAUUUAUAUAAAGAGAAACGAGAAAGUCUGAUUAAGCAUAUUAUUCCCCAUUAACCCUCUCUCCACUUUGUGUCAUCCUACUGAUCUGCGUUUCCAGAUCAUCCCCAAGAACACAGCUCAACAAGUACUUUAAAAAAGACUCUCUCUUCUCCUGUUUCUUUCUUUUCUCUUUCUCUAGAUCUAUAUAUAUCUACCACUAACUCACUCACACGAGGAAGAGGAAAGAGAUGGGAAGGGGGAAGAUCGAGAUAAAGAAGAUAGAGAAUAAGACAUCGAGGCAAGUGACCUUCUCCAAGAGAAGAAAUGGUCUUAUCAAGAAGACUCGUGAGCUCUCUGUUCUUUGUGAUGCUCACAUCGGUCUCAUCGUCUUCUCCACCACCGGAAAGCUUACCCAGUACUGCUCCGAACACUCUAAUAUGCCUCAGCUCAUUGACAGAUAUUUGACAAAAGAAGGAUUGCAACUUCCUGACCUUAAUGACGACCGGGAUGACCUGCGCCAUGAGAUUGAAAUAUUAAGAAGGGAGACAUGUAAGCUUGAGCUCCGUCUGCGUCCAUACCAUGGACAUGACUUAGCCUCCAUUCCUCCACACGAGCUCGAGGGGCUAGAGCAACAGCUCGAACAUUCUGUCCGUAAAGUCCGUGAGCGUAAGAAGGAGUUGCUGCAGCAACAGUUGGGGAAUCUUAGCAGAAAGAAGCGGAUGCUAGAAGACGAUAACAACAAUAUGUACCGUUGGCUUCAUGAUGAGCAUCGUACGGGGGUUGAGUUUCAGCAAGCUGGGAUAGAGACCAAACCAAUGGAGUAUCAACAGUUUCUAGAGCAGGUUCAGUACUAUAAUGAUCAUCAUCAGCAACAAAGCAGUGUUCUUCAGCUCCCUACGCUUCCUUCAGAGAUUGAUCUUAGUUACCAUCUCCAGCUUGCUCAGCCUAAUCUUCAAAACGAUCCAACGACCAAGGUUGAUUAAUCCCUCAACCAGUUCUACUCUCUCUUUAUGGAGACAAAUGAAUGAAGAAGUACCAUUUCUGCCUUUUAUUACCUAUUCUGAUUAGCCAAUGUCUUCUUUUGUGUCUAUUUGGUGUGGCGAUGGAACCUUCUUUAAAGUAUAAAUAUUUCAUUUGAGAAGCACAAUGGACUUUGAUUAUAUUAAUCAUAAUAAUCAUUCAUCAUGAUCACACA